AUGGUGUGCAGCUGGAGGAGGGAGGACCUGCGCCCCCUGGACAUCCUGGCCGAGGCCGUCCCCGCAGAGGGCACCGCGGGCGGGGUCCGGACCCUGCAGGCUCAGGGCACCCAUGGGCUCCAGCUCUCGGCCGCCGCGCCCCACGCCGUGAGCUUCCCCGCCUCGAGGAUUUUCUUCCGAUGUGACUUCUUCCCCGAGGAGUUCUCCAUCGUGGUCACCCUGAAAGUCCCCGACCUCCCCCCUAAGAAGAACGAGUACCUGCUCACGGUGCUGGCGGAGGAGCAGGACGCGCUGCUGCUGGGCCUGCGCUUCUCGCCGCGCCGGCUGCACUUCCUCUUCCUGAGCGAGGCGGCGGCCGGCGCCUGGCAGACCCGCGUGUCCUUCGGGAGCCCUGCGCUGGCCGACGGCCGGUGGCACACGCUGGUGCUGGCCGUGGCCGAAGGCUCCUUCUCACUCACGGCAGACUGUGGCCGGCCGGUGGACAUAACAGCCGACGUGUCGUUCCCUGCCUCCCUCUCCGUGCGCGGAGCCCGGUUCUUUGUUGGCAGCCGGAGGAGAACCAAAGGCCUGUUCACGGGCCUACUGCGGCAGCUGGUCCUGCUGCCCGGCUCGGACGCCACGCCCAGGCUGUGCCCCUGCACGAGCGCCGAGCUGGCCACGCUGUCCAUCCCCCCGAUCCUGCAGGGCCUCCCGGGGAGGCCGGAGGAGAACGAGGUGCUGAAGCACACCUAUGAAGCUGACCUGAAAGUGACGCUGGGCGCCCAGCCCCCGUGCACCAAGAUGGAGGACACCCAGUUCUGGCUGGACGCCGGCCGUAGGGGGCUGUACCUGUGUGUGGGCAGCCGCUGGGUCUCCGUGCUGACAGGCAAAGAGAAGCUAGACUACGUGGAGGAGCACCAGAGUCUGCACACCACCUCGGAGACGCUGGGCAUCGAGGUCUUCGCCAUCCCCCAGGCCGGGCUCUUCGUGGCCACCGCCAACCGCAGGGCCAGGUCGGCCAUCUACAGGUGGACGGACGGCCAGUUCACCGCCUUCCAGGAGAUCCCCACGCACCAGGCGCAGUCCUGGCGCCACUUCACCAUCGGGAGGAAGGUCUUCCUGGCCGUGGCCAACUUCGAGCCCAACGAGCAGGGCCAGGAAUUCUCCGUCAUCUACAAGUGGAGCCCGCGGAGGCUGCGCUUCGCGCCCUACCAGCGAGUGGCCACCCACAGCGCCCGCGACUGGGAAGCCUUCCAGGUGGCCGGGGAGCACUUCCUGGCCGUGGCCAACCACCGGGAAGGCGACAACCACAACGUCGACAGCGUCAUCUACAGGUGGAACCCGCGGACGCGGCUCUUCGAGGCCAACCAGACCAUCGCCACCUCGGGCGCCUACGACUGGGAAUUCUUCACCGUGGGGCCCUACUCCUUCCUGGCCGUGGCCAACGCCUUCAACGGCACGUCCACGCAGCUGCACUCCCACCUGUACAUCUGGCUGGUGGGCUCCUUCCGGCUCUUCCAGUCCUUCCUGACCUUUGGUGCUGCAGACUGGGAGGUCUUCCACAUCGGAGAGAGGGUCUUCCUGGCCGUCGCCAACAGCCACAGUUACGACGUGGAGAGGCAGGUGCGGAACGACUCCUACGUCAUCAACUCCGUCAUUUACGAGCUGAACGUCAGCGCACAGAGCUUCGUCAAGUUCCAGGAGAUCCCCACCUGCAGCGCGCUGGACUGGGAGUUCUUCUCGGUGGGGGACGACUACUUCCUGGUGGUCGCCAACUCCUUCAACGGGAGCUCCUUCUCCGUGAACAGUGUUAUCUACAGGUGGCAGGGCUACGAGGGCUUCGUGGCCGCGCACAGCCUCCCGACCUUCGGCUGCCGGGACUGGGAGGCCUUCCGCACCGCGGCCGGCUACUACCUCGUCUACUCCAGCGCCAAGGAGCCUCGCUCCCGGGUCCUGAGGCUGAAGAUGGGGUGA